GCUCACUGGUAGUGCCGUAAAAGGCCAUCGAAGCCGAAGCCCACAAAAAUCCCGCGGGCUAGCUAGCCCACUUAGAGAACAAGAAGAACCGCCGUGGUUGGUGUGUUGCUGGAGGCGGUAAUUUUCGCCUUCUCCCCUCCUCUCCUCUUCCCUUCGAGCACACUGGUUGUUUUUUGACCAUCAGUUGAAUUAAUAUUUUGAGCAAUGGAUGGAGGGAAGGAGGGGAUAGAAGGAAAAGCAUCGUCACAACUGGCAAUGGGCGAAGGUAAAGAAGGCGAUUGGGAGUGCAGUGGAUGCAAGAAUAGGAACUAUGCUUUUCGAUCCUUCUGUAAUAGAUGCAAACAACCUCGCCUUCUUGUCGACAACAAAACGCCUCCAGACUCCAAAUGGCUUCCUCGAAUCGGUGAUUGGAUCUGCACGGGUUGCACUAACAACAAUUAUGCAUCAAGAGAGAAGUGCAAAAAGUGUGGACAACCAAAGGAGGUAGCAGCAAUGCCAGCACUUGCAAUCCCUGGAGCUUCAUUUCCAACUUAUUCACACUAUUUUGCCAGGACCCAGGGAGGAUUGGAUUCAAAGAUGAAUCUUGGAUUAAUUGGAAAUGGCACUUCACAGCAUCUGCAUCCCUUGAGCUCUAACUGGUCCAUGGGAGGAGCUGAUAAGUAUGGAAUUCAUGCAGCUCCAACAUUUCCUCUGGGUGGAAAUAAUUCUGCAAUCUCGUACAUGAGUUUAGCUAAUCAGCUCCUUUCGGUUCCAAAGGGCUGGCGGAAUGGUGACUGGUUAUGCAACUGUGGUUUCCAUAAUUAUUCUUCACGUGCACAGUGCAAGAAGUGCAAUGCUUCACCACAAGCACUUGGAAUGAAACGAUUAGCAUCCGAAGAACUUGUUCAUCAAUGGGAUAACAAGAGAUUGAAUAUUGGACAGGCAAAUGAGCAACAACAAUCUUACCCAGGUCUUGAGCAGAUGAUGGGCACCAGUAGUGACUCAAAUGUGGGAUUAUAUAAUCCUUAUCCCCACGAAAGUUCUAGUGUAGCUCCAAAUUUGGAAAUGCCAAUCCAGUUUCCCCCACAAGCAACUGCACCAACGCUCCUAGGGAAAGGAGCAAAGCAAUGGCGCAACGGAGAUUGGAUGUGCACAAAUUGCAAUAAUCAUAAUUAUGCAUCUCGCUUACACUGUAACAGGUGCAAGACUCAAAGAGAUUCACUUUCUCUGCCCCUCAGUGCCAUCUAAGAACAAUUAGACUUGGGAUGGUUUUUGUUCCUAUGCUGCAAGUUCCUUUCGACCAAUUUUUCGGAUCUCAUAAUCAACUCUUCUAGUCUCCAAGGUAUAUUGAUUGAUUGUCAGUUUUCCAUUACUUAGGGAAGGAGGUUUUGCUGUGAAUGUCAUUACUAUUUUUGUUGAACAGUUGAGAAUUUUAGUGUUGAAUCAUUUUUAUAUAAUUAUAAUAAGAUAUAUAUAUAUUCCGUUUUGCAUAUCAAA